UCAUUUUUUCAUCUUUGGCUACUAGCGGUUCCUUCUCAACCACUCUUUCUUCUGCUGAUAGGUUUCUCGUUUUCACACAUAAACCCCCUUGUCCCUCAACGAUUCAUUCAAAAAAAAAUUUUUUUUUAAUGGUUUUAUUGGAUUAAAAUUUUUGGUAAAAGAUGAAGGUGAAUUCGGGUUGUUUGGGGGACGGAAAGAUUUUUCCUCCGGGAUUCAGAUUCCACCCAACCGAUGAGGAGCUCGUGCUUUACUAUCUGAAGAGGAAGAUCUGCCGUAGACGCCACCGUAUGGAUGUAAUCGGUGAGACCGAUGUUUACAAGUGGGACCCCGAGGAUUUGCCUGGGAUGUCAAAACUAAAAACUGGUGACAGGCAAUGGUUUUUCUUUAGUCCUAGAGAUAGGAAAUAUCCAAAUGGAGCAAGGUCCAAUCGGGCUACGGGGCAUGGAUAUUGGAAAGCAACUGGGAAGGACCGUGUCAUCUCAUGUGGUUCUCAUCCUGUUGGGAUAAAGAAGACCCUAGUCUUCUAUAGAGGUCGUGCACCCAGCGGAGAGCGCACAGACUGGGUGAUGCAUGAAUAUACGAUGGUUGAAGAGGAGCUGAAAAGAUGCCAGACUGCCGUGGAAUACUAUGCUCUGUACAAAGUCUACAAGAAGAGCGGGCCUGGUCCCAAAAAUGGCGAGCAAUAUGGUGCCCCUUUUAGGGAAGAGGACUGGGCUGAUGAUGAAAUUGAAGUCCAGUGUCUCAUCGAGCAGGAGAAUUCGGUUAAGCAGGCUAGUGAAACUUCACCUAUCAAUAAUACUGAAACAGUUAAUUGUCAACAUACGUCCUCUCUGGAUGAUUUUGAGGACAUCAUGAACCAGAUAGCAGAUGAGCCCAUCCCUGUUCAGCCAAUAGUUGUGGAUUAUGGCUAUGUCUUGGAUCAUUUUACUGGUGAGGAGGAGACUCAGAGUGUUGACCAUACUUCGAGGGAUGUGUCUUUACGCAUGCUCCAACCAUGUAGCCAGUUACAAAAUGUACCAGGUAAUUUGGAUGUUACGCAGUCAGGCACAAGUCAAUUACAGUUCUCUGAGGCACCUGAGGUCUCUUCUGCUCCAACCAUUAAUGUGCAAGAUCCUUGUGUUCUUGAAGAAGAUUUCCUUGAAGAUUUUCUUGAAAUGAACGAUCUAAUUGAUCAAGAGCCAACCACACAAAAUCCUAAUGAACCAGGGAGUAAUUUGGAGAACCUGCAGUUUGAUGACUUUGAUGGUUUGAAUGUGGUUGAUCUGUUCCAAGAUUCAUCCUUGUUUAUUUCUGAGGUGGGAGCUGGUGAGUCCUGGGAGAUGUCCCAAUCCUAUUUGCGUAGUUUUGACAAUGGAGUUAUGAACCCAGACUCGAGCUUGUACUCGAACAAUCUUGAGAAUACAAGAGUAAUUUACCAGCUGGAGCAACAAUUUAACAUUGCGAACAGAACCAGCUGUCAGCUAAGGACAGAGGAGGAAAGUUACAGUGCUAUUGCUGCAGAAGCAAAUCAGGACCGCAUUCCUUCAUCAACCUCAGGUGUUGUACAUCAAAGUCAAAAUCAUGAUUUUGUUAAUCAUGCCACCGGAGCAAAUGAAAUCGGAAGCAGCAAACAGGAUGAUGGUACGGACUCAUGGUUCUCCUCUGCUCUCUGGUCCUUUGUGGAGUCCAUACCAACUACUCCUGCUUCAGCUUCUGAAACUGCUUUGGUAAAUAAGGCCUUCAAACGUAUGCCUAGCUUUAGUAGCGUAAGAGUAAAUGCCCGAAACACGAACGUUGUUGCAGGUAAUACCUCUGCAACUUCAAGAAGUUCAGGCAAAUCUAGAAGUGGGUUUUUAUGUUUCUCUUUAGUUGGAGUAAUAUGUGCUAUAUUAUGGAUGCUGAUGGGAACAUCUGUGAGGGUGAUGGGUUUAUAUAUGUAGCACUCAUCCUUUAAUAUGUAAAUAGAAAGUUUUGCAUCGGUCAAUUGCUGCAAAUUAUCUAAUUCGAUUCUCUA